CUUUCUUUAUCACCUAUUCUUUCUUUUUCUAUCUCUUUUUCAUUGUUUUUAAACCUAUAUUUGUUCAUUGUUUUCUUCUUUAGCUUCAUGCAUCAUUUCUCAAACAUGUCAUCAAAUCCAGAAGAAUUCUUACUUAUCAAAAAUGAUAAACAAGAAGAGAUCAGUAGGGUAGAAAUCGAAGAAACCUCAAAAACUCCGUCAUCAUUAUCACCAUCAGAAGAAGAAGAAGAAAAGCUUGAAGAGAAAGAUGAAGAUUUAGAUGAAGAUGGUUUCAGAACUCCAACAACAUUGGACCACAAGAUUACAGUGCUCACAUGUCCACCUGCACCAAAGAAAAUGAAACAGUCUCUGAAAAGAAGAGCAGAAUACAAUGAUCAGUACUGCAACUGCAGACAGUUACCACUUGAUCUGUCAAAAGAGGUUGAAUUAUUGUUCCAAACAAAGCAUAUUCCAUUUUCUGGAUCACACGGCGCCAAGAAAAUUCGAAGAGAUAAUAAUCAGGAAACUACCAAAUGAUGCUACUUUUGUAACUGUACGUAUAAUUCUUAAAGGGGUACAAUUAACUUCUUCCAGAUUUUUUGUGAGUAUCAUUUUUCAUAUCUUUUUGGUAAUUAUGCUUUAAUGUAGUAAGUAUACUUUUUUUUUUCAUUAGUGAGAUUUUAAAUGUUGGUUGGUGAGUAUAUAUUUGAAAUAAU